GUGAGAAAGCCAUAAGCAGCCUGAGGCCCGCGGCCGAAGCCCACGGCGGGGACGCGCGUCCCUCCCGAGGAAGGGUCAGGCACACCGGGCGCAGUCGCAGCCUGCAGGGCUCUGCGCUUCCCCGCCCCGCCGCCCGCGCAGAGGAGAGCGCGGGGGCGCGGGAGGGGCGGGGAGGAGGCCGCACGGGCGAGCAGCCGCCGGGGCCCUGAGCAGCAGUCCUGGCGGCGGCGGCUGUGCGGGAGACGGGGCGGGAUGGACGCGCAGGACUGCGAGGGGGCCUGCGGCUGCGUGGCUGCCUGGUGGGGCAUGGUAGUGCGGAACCUGCGAUCUUUUCCAUACUCCUGUUCAGCACUCAGAAGAAAAAUUGUCACUCUGUAUGACAGCUUUACCAGUAAAUCAUUACAAGAACAUAUUUUCCCUCCUCUGAUGGACAUGUUAAUUUUUUUAAAUUUUUACAGAGCACCAUUUCUUGUGGAUUUAAAGAACCCGGAGUCAAAAAUUUCUCACACUGUGAACUUCUAUAUCAAAGUGGAACCUGGGGUGAUACUGGGAAUCUGGCACACGGUCCCCAGCUGCCGGGGUGAAGAUGCUAAGGGGAAGGACCGUCACUGGUAUGAAGCAGCCCUUCACGAUGGCAACCCAGUUGUUGUUUAUCUUCAUGGCAGUGCAUUACACAGGGCAGCUUCUCAAAGACUUAAGCUGGUGGAGAUGCUGAGAGAUGGUGGAUUUCAUGUCUUGUCUGUUGACUACCGAGGGUAUGGGGACUCAACGGGUAAGCCCACAGAGGAGGGACUGACCACAGAUGCUGUUUGUGUCUAUGAGUGGGCCAAGGCAAGAAGUGGCUCUACCCCCGUGUGUCUCUGGGGCCACUCACUGGGAACAGGAGUUGCAACAAAUGCUGCAAAAGUACUAGAAGAGAAAGGACGCCCAGUUGAUGCUAUUAUCCUGGAAGCUUCAUUUACCAACAUGUGGGAAGCAAGUAUCAAUUAUCCCUUGUUAAAGAUUUACCGCAAACUUCCAGGAUUUUUACGCCUGCUUAUGGACGCCUUGAGAAAAGACAGAAUAGUCUUCCCUAAUGAUGAAAAUGUUAAAUUCCUUUCUUCUCCCCUUCUUAUCGUACAUGGAGAGGAUGACAAAACGGUGCCUUUGGAGUUUGGGAUAAAGCUCUAUGAAACCGCCUACAAUGCAUACAAGAAUAAAGAGAGGGUCAAGAUGGUUAUCUUUCCUCCUGGCUUCCAGCACAACUUCCUUUGUAAAAGCCCCACAUUGCUGAUAAUGGUGAGAGAUUUCCUGAGUAAGCAGUGGGCAUGAGGCCACGAUCCCAGAACAGCAGAAAUAUUCAAUGAAGACUUGAUCCAGAUUUCACCUGUGAUGUAUAUUUUUUGAUGUGAAAUUUUACUGGGCUGCUAGGAUGAGCUGAAGUCACUGACAUUUCUACAAGUCACUUGUCAUUUUAGUAAAAGAAAGCCUAGAUGCUGGGCAGGAAUGGAGGUUCUCAUUUAGCCUACCAUAGUUUACUUUGUGAAACAAGCUGAAACCUCACUGUGAGGUAUGAGAAUUUGGUAAAAUUUGGAUUCCAUCUAAAAAACAUCCUGGUGAUAACUGAAUAAGGUGGUUUCUUAUUUGGAUUUAGCAUGUAAGAAAGGUGCAUCAAUGUAGUUACAUCAAUUGUAUUUUACUUAGUUUAGUUAAUUUAAAUGACUUUGAAAAGUUCCAAGCAGUUUUUUUAUCUUUCUGUUUAGCUUUAGUGGAAGUACUAGCAUGCCACCCAAUCUGCUAUAAAAUAGUAAGUUCUGGUAAUCAUGUAGCCCUUGGAAAUUGACUUUUUAUUUUGAACCCUUAAUAUAGUCAUAAAUUUCCCCCCCCUUUUCCCAGUGAUAUUAAACUAGAUUAUUAGUUAAGAAAACAAAAUAAAAUCAAGGGAUGUCAUAAAAAUGUUCAAUUGCAGUUACAAGCUGUUUUUUUCCAGAGACAUUUUACAAUUCAGUUUCCAUUGGCUUUGUUCACCUCAUUGCUACAUACAUUGGAUAGGGAAAUCUUUAGAUCUGAAGGCUCCAUGUUCCAGAUGUCUCUGGCAUAUUCCUUAAUUGUUCGGUCACUGGAGAAUUUCCCCGAAGCAGCUAUGUUUUUGAGUACCAUCGUGUUCCAGGCCUUUGGGUUCUGUAAAACAACACAACAUGUGCUUAUAGUGCUCCAGGGCCUGAGUGCCCUGUGAGCUUUAGGACAGGCACAUUUCAUGGUGAAAAUGACAGAGUAAAUUUUACUGAUUCAUAAAUACUCUUGUUCAGCAGUUGAGAGCUAGGUAGGGCAGAUUCUGCUUUUCUCACAUUUAGAGAUUUCUUUUAAGAAUGAAAAAAAAAAAGGUAUUUUCCACUUUAAGAGAAAUCAUGGAUAUAAACUUCCUAAUUGGUAGCUCCCACUGUGGUUACAGUGUUCUGGCAAGUAGACCAUAUUUCCCAUGCUUUAUAAUGAAUGAAGAUACCUCCUUUCUGAACUACAGGAGGAAGGAAGGGACAAACAUUAACUGUCUGCCAGGAGCCAGGCUCCAUGUCAAGAUCUUUACCCUGUGGCUCAUGAAGUUUGCAACAGCUAUUCAAGAAUAUUUGCUAUCAUGCAGGCAAACAAUUCAAUUGACUUUAUUGAUCUACUCAGCUUUUCUUUCUUUCUGGAGGUAGAUGAACCAGUAAGUUUACACCGAAUCCUAAAUACUCUAUUGAGGUUUCAAAACAGGGUCAAUUAAGGAUUUACCCCUAAUAAAAAAACAUCACAUUGAAAUCUCAUAGUUUUUACAAACUCAUGACAUUGUAAAGAACCUUAAAAGUUUGUUGGAAAUGUUCAGGACUUUAUUCAAAGACUUGAGCAAUGCAUGUAAGCAUUUAAAAGAAAAACUCACAACUACCACCUUCAUUCCUUAAGGUGUGAAACAACCUGAAAUUAGUUUAUUACUAUUUUGGAAACUUAAUAAAUUGAGAAUAAGGACUUCUUCUCCACUUGCUAUUUAACUAAUUAAAUGGAUUUUGAACAGGCUGGAAAGACAGUGCUGGACGUGUUUUCUAAGCCUCAACAAUACAAUGAUUGUUAAGAGUAAAAACUGCAGUUACACAUUAAUCUGUUUUGCACCAAUAAACAAGAAUGAUUGAAUCAAAUACUGGACUUCUAGAUGAGCAUCCUUUGGAUGUGUGCCAUAGUUUUAACAGAGGAGACCCAUUUGACAUUCACAUUCGUCUUUGCUUUUCUUGUUCAUACUUCCCUUUCCUGCUGUUUUAUUCACAGUUCUUUUCCUUUAUAGCCUUUCU